AAGCCGUCCGCGCGUUUCGCUCCUCCCCGCCGAAUGCAACCGAUAACACGCGUCGCGAUCAGUUCGUUUUUAAGUUAGUUUUAAAAAACAGUCUUCUUCUUUAUAUCUACGUAUACUGCGGAGAAGUGUAAAUCCUCGGGAAUCGGAGCCGUUGUUUUUGUCUUAUCCCAAGCUGCGUUGGGUUUCUCGCGAGAAUCUCUUCUCUUGUCCCUGUGUAGGAGUUUGAGGCCUUACAAAACUCAUCCUCGUGUCGCAGAUCUUCCAGUCCUGGUGAGAUUUGAAGAGGAGAGAUGAUGCAUGGAAGUGUGGCCCACUCCAGUCUGGACGGCUCAUCGCACAUGGGGGUUUGUCGCCUCUUCUGAUUGGUUGACGCUCUUCCUUCUAUCCCCCUGAUGAGGUAACCCCGGCUGUCGCUGUUGAUGCCCGUGGCUGAGCCGUGAUGGGGCAGAGGGUGUCGGGUGUGGUGAAGUCCGCAGAGGAACAGGAGGCGGGCGAGCUAGCAUACCAGCCAGUGUGUGCGGCUCUUCGAAGUCGUAGGGUCCAGUUACCUCCCCGCUUAGAGCUGCUUUUGGAUAUGCCUCCUGCAGGACCCGAAACUCAACUUCAGUACUCCUGGAACCCGGACGAUCGUUCCCUCAACUUGUUUAUCAAAGACGACGACCGUCUUACGUUCCAUCGCCACCCGGUGGCACAAAGCACGGACUGUGUGCGUGGAAAAGAGGGCUUCACUCGCGGCCUUCACGCAUGGACCCUUCGCUGGCCCAUACGCCAACGCGGCACGCAUGCUGUGGUCGGGGUCGCGACCUCUCUGGCUCCGUUGAGGGCUGUGGGGUAUUCCGCCCUAGUGGGGAGUGAUGCAGAAUCCUGGGGUUGGGAUUUAGGGCGGGGCAGGCUGUACCAUGACAAAAAGGGUCGAACUGGACCAGCGCCGUCAUACCCUGAAAUUAUUGAAGACGAGGAGGGGGAAGGAACGUUCUCAGUUCCGGAAGAGGUGCUGGUGGUGCUGGACAUGGAUGAGGGAACACUUGGGUUUUGCGCCGAUGGGAACUAUCUGGGUGUGGCAUUUCGUGGGCUGAAAGGGAAGAGGCUUUACCCGAUUGUUAGUGCAGUUUGGGGUCAUUGUGAGGUCAGCAUGACCUACAUCAACGGACUGGACCCUGAACCUCUGCCUCUGAUGGAGCUGUGCAGACGGGCCGCCCGGCAGGCUAUGGGUCGACACCGAAUCCAUCACAUCCAGUCUCUACCACUCCCACAGACCCUCAAAAACUACCUGCAGUACCAAUGAGACACCAAAUGUAGCCAAAAAGCAUCUGCAGUUACUGGACAUGUGCUCUGAAAUGACAUGCAGGAUAGUAGAAGCUUUGUGCUGUGCACAGAUGUCAAUAGAAUUUGUACGAGAUGAUACUACAGCGUUGACCAGCCAGAAGAGUAUCUGGUUUUAUAAAUAUUUUAACCAAUGACGAGUGUGCCCUCAUGACAUUUUUCAGAAGAAGUGACUGUGAUGCAACUAUAACGCAAAGAUGUGUGUGUUUGUAUUUGUGUAAAUGAAAGUUCAAGUCUUCCUUGGAAAAAACAUCUUAAACUAGCCUAUGCUGGUCUUAGCUGGUUUAAGAUGGUCUCCUAGCCUGACCAGCUGAAAAGUGCCCAACACUCUUCUAUAACCAGUCUACUAAUAGACUGGUGGACCAGCAACUCUGCUGAAGUUUUAACUCGUUUUCUUUCUCUUUUUAUAUAUAUUUUUUAAUUUCACUUUUUAUAUAUUUCAACACUAAGGUCCUGGACAUGGAUACGGCCUAAUAUUAGACUAAACCUGUUUAAACUGUGGCCGUUCAAACUAAUGCAUUUUAGUUCAUGAUGUAGGUGAUACCAGAAAACAGGUCCUUAAUAUCUUUGUCAGUCUUUACUAAUACACAUUCACAGUGCCUGAGAUAUUUUUCUUUACGUUUCUUUUUUUGUUUGUUUGUUUUUUUCAAUGGUGAUCAUGAAAAAAUGGACUAAAUCGGUUAUCAAAUGUUGUUUGCGGCUUGCUUUGAACUGUGACAUCAGUAAUCUGAUUUUUGCCGGAAUGAUUUUUAUAUGAAAGAGAUGUCUGUUUUUAUGUGACGGAUCAUGCAAAAACUCUGGAGAAGACAGCUUUGUUCUUUCGUGACCUUUUGAAAAUGUGAAUAAAAAUAACUA